AUGACACCGACAUUGAACAUUCAUAAUGCAACAUUGCAAGAUUAUACCGAGUUAGCAGGAGAAAGGAAUCAAGAAAGAAAAGAAAUGAGUGGACUCAAAAUCCAACUAGUUCUCCUUUACUCUACCUUCGGUUUGCUAUUAUUUUCUACCCAUUGUCUAAGUCUGGAGAGUGAGUCGGCAUUCUCAAUAGUGAGUCACGAGUUGGACCAUGGGUUCGCAACAACAGAAGAAAGGGUAGUGGAAAUUUUUGAGAAAUGGAGGGAGAAACAUGGGAAAGUAUACAAACAUGAAGAGGAAAAAGAAAUGAGAUUGAAGAGUUUUAAGAAAAAUCUCAAUUACAUAACGAAGAGGAAUCGGAAGAAUAAGCAGAGUGAUAUAGGCCAACAUGAAGUGGGAUUAAAUGUGUUUGCGGAUAUGAGUAAUGAAGAGUUUAGACAAACUUAUUUGCCUUCUUCAAAGCUAAUAUCAAAGAAAAAAGAAAAUAAUCCACAUAGUCGCAUGACGGAUUGCGAUGCUCCGACUUCUAUGGAUUGGAGGAAGAAAGGAGUUGUUACUCCCGUUAAAAAUCAACGCCAAUGCGGUAAAUACUACUGA